CAAACCAUUAGACAAGUUUUGGCAAAAGAAGAAUAAUAAGAAGGGAAAGGGAAAGAGAAAUGCAAUAGGAUUUUGAAGGGUUCUGCAUCCAAUUUCAAUUAUCACACGCACGAAACAUUUACAGCAGAGUAAGAAUGGCAGUGAUUCUGUGUGUGUGUGUGAGGACAACAGAACCAAACAAUUACUUCCACUUUUAAUGCUUUCACCAACUACGCACACAUAGCAGAACCCAUUGUCCUUAACUGCAGAGAGAGCCCUUUUCGUUUCGCUCGUUCUUCGUUUCUCCUCCGAAUCUGAUCCAGCAAAAAUGCGCCUCCGCUUCUUCACUUUGGUGUGUUUGUGUUGUUGUUGGUUCGUCUCGAGCGAGGGCGAAACGGUGUCGUGUUCGAAAAUAGUGCCGUUGGGGUUCCGCAGCGGCAACAUUUCCAUAACGGAAUUCGGCGGCGUGGGUGACGGGCGCACCCUCAACACCAAGGCCUUCAGGGAGGCCAUAUACAGGAUUCAGCACUUGCCACGUGUUGGAGGCACGCUCCUUUACGUCCCUCCCGGGGUCUACUUAACGGAACCCUUCAACCUCACCAGCCACAUGACGCUCUUCCUCGCUGCCGGUGCCGUUAUCAUGGCCACGCAGGAUUCAUCGAAUUGGCCUUUGAUUGCACCCUUGCCUUCUUAUGGAAGAGGAAGGGAGCUGCCUGGAGGAAGGUAUAUGAGUUUUAUGCAUGGAAAUGGAGUUCAGGAUGUGGUAAUCACUGGUGAAAAUGGGACAAUUGAUGGACAAGGAGAUGUGUGGUGGAAUAAGUGGAGACAGGGAUCUCUUCAGUUUACCAGACCAAACCUUGUUGAAUUUGUGAAUUCUAAAGAUAUCAUUAUUUCAAAUGUAAUCUUCAAGAAUUCUCCUUUCUGGAACAUACACCCAGUUUACAGCAGCAAUGUUGUUAUUCGAUUUGUCACCAUUUUGGCGCCACGAGACUCUCCAAAUACUGAUGGCAUUGAUCCAGAUUCAAGUUCAAAUGUAUGCAUAGAGGAUUCAUACAUAUCUACUGGAGAUGAUCUUGUGGCUGUGAAGAGUGGAUGGGAUGAAUACGGGAUUGCUUAUGGCCUUCCCAGCUCUAACAUCACCAUCAGGCGCGUAAGUGGAUCAUCUCCAUUUGCUGGGAUUGCUGUUGGCAGUGAAACCUCUGGUGGGGUGGAGAAUGUACUUGCUGAACACAUCAACCUUUACAAAAUGGGAAUUGGUAUUCACAUUAAGACCAACAGUGGCAGGGGUGGAUUCAUAAAGAAUAUAACAGUGUCUCAUGUGUAUAUGGAGGAGGCAAGGAAGGGAAUAAGGAUCUCAGGUGAUGUUGGGGGCCACCCAGAUGACAAAUUUGAUCCGAAUGCUCUUCCCCUUGUGAAGGGUGUCACAAUUAAGAAUGUUUGGGGUGUGAAGGUUUUGCAGGCUGGCUUGAUACAAGGGGUGAAAAAUUCACCUUUCACUGAUAUUUGCCUUUAUGAUAUCAACCUUCGAGGAGUGACAGGACCUAGAAAUCCUCCUUGGAAAUGUUCUGAUGUGUCUGGGUUUGCUCAUCAGGUUAGUCCUUGGCCAUGUUCUGAACUUAGCAGCAACCAGCAGGGGUCAUGUGCCAAUUACUCCUGAGAGGAGCAACCAUUGGCUUCUUUUGUUGAUUUAUCGCAAUGGAAGACAUUGCAAAAUGAAGACUUGUUUGUUUAAAUUUUAGUGGAAUUGAUUUAGACUAAUAAUUUUAAAUUGUUAAAUGUAAUUGAGAUGUAUGUCUAAGUUCAUUUCAAUAAUAAAAAUUAUGUUAAAA